AGAUUACAUCAGAUAUGACUAUGUGAAUAGCCCAGGACAGCCCAAAGGAAGGACAUGAUGUCAGAAUAACAUACAGAACAUUUGUGAGGGCGAGGCCAGAAAACCAUGCAGUCAUCAGGGCACAGGUUCCGUGAUGUUGAGCACCACCCACUUCUGGCUGAAAAUGACAGCUACGACUCCUCUUCCUCUGAGGCUGACAUGGCAGAGAGGGUUUGGUUCAUCCGAGAUGGCUGUGGGAUGGUCUGUGCCAUCAUGACGUGGCUUCUGGUUGUCUAUGCAGACUUCGUAGUGACUUUUGUCAUGUUGCUGCCUUCCAAAGACUUUUGGUACUCUGUGAUCAAUGGUGUUCUCUUUAACUGCUUGGCAGUGCUGGCUUUGUCAUCGCAUCUGAGAACUAUGCUAACUGAUCCAGGAGCUGUACCCAAAGGAAAUGCCACUAAAGAAUACAUGGAUAAUUUGCAACUGAAGCCAGGAGAAGUGAUCUACAAAUGUCCAAAGUGCUGUAGUAUCAAACCUGAACGUGCACACCAUUGCAGUAUUUGCAAACGAUGCAUUCGAAAGAUGGAUCAUCACUGCCCUUGGGUGAAUAACUGUGUGGGGGAGAAAAAUCAGAGAUUUUUUGUUCUGUUUACGAUGUAUAUAGCCCUAAUUUCAGCUCAUGCUCUCAUACUGUGUGGGUUUCAGUUUUUCUCCUGUGUCCGAGGGCAGUGGACUGAAUGCAGUGACUUCUCCCCACCCGUAACUGUGAUCCUGAUGAUCUUCUUGUGCCUUGAGGGUUUUCUGUUUCUCACUUUCACUGCAGUUAUGUUUGGCACCCAAAUCCACUCAAUAUGCAAUGAUGAAACAGAGAUUGAAAGACUGAAGAGUGAGAAGCCAACGUGGGAGCGGAGGCUGCGCUGGGAAGGGAUGAAGUCGGUGUUUGGGGGGCAGCCUUCCCUCCUCUGGAUCAACCCCUUUGCAGGCUUUCCUGUCAGGAGACUGCUGCUGAGAGCAAAGAAAGGAGGACCUGAGUUUUCUGUUUGAGUCUAACAAUGCUGGAACUUGCAAGAAUACUCUAUUUAUUUGGGGCCAGAGGAGGCUGUCUGCAUAUAAUCUGUGACCAGGUGAAACUGAUACCAGACAUUUGCUUGUAGCAAGCAGAGUUUUAUACGUUUCUCAUCACAGACAUCUCAUUAACUCUCAGAGACAUGAACUGGAUCUGUAAUGGUCUUUGCAGCAAGAUAACAAAGGAAAAGCACGUGGUCACACUAAAGAAGCCAAAUGUUGUCAUGCUACUGUAAUUUAUUUUAUGAGAUUAAUUAUCCGUUUUUGUUAAACACUUUUUAUUUGAUAAAUGUUUGGGGAAUUACCUGUGUGGCUUUUUUAUAAAAAAAAC